AUGGGGACAAUUACCGAAGAGCUACAGAUAGGCCAGCUGCAGCUGGAGAACUCUUCUACUUCACUCAUCGCCUUUGAAUCCUUCGAUCUCCCGGCAUCUAAUCAACGCAUUCUCGGGCCACCACAUCCAAAGAAUACAGUGAUUCCGCUCGCACUACGCCCCACAGAGUCUGGCGCCAAGACAACUCUUGACGACGUGGUAGAGACUAUCAAAAGUCUCCAAGAAAAGGAAGGAAUUUUGACCAAGAAGUUGGAAAGGCACGGCACGUUGCUAUUCCGAGACCUGCCGAUUCACAAUGCCGAGGAUUUCAGCAAGUUCGCGCAUGCAUUCGGGUACAAACCGCACGAGAUCAUUGGCAUAGUAGUUGACAGACCACUUCUCGCUCCGAAUGUCGCGCCAGCCAACGAGGCACCCAAAGAGGUACUAAUAUACAACCACAACGAGUCACCACAAGUGCCGCAUGCGCCGGAGUAUAUCCUUUUCUACGGACAUCGGGUUCCAGCUCAAGGCGGCGAGUCGCCGAUCUCAUCGUCAUUGGAGCUGUUCAACAGGGCACAACAAGAGAUCCCGGAGUUUAUCGCCGAGCUAGCGGAGAAAGGAAUCUUGAGCACAGUGACAUAUCGAGUGGAGAAACAGUAUGAGGGCGGAUCCACCUUGCGCCAGGCGUUCGGCAAGGAAAUCGAAGAUGGCGAUGACGAGGAUACUAAGCGUCGCAAGAUAGAGGCUCAGAUUGCUAGAUAUGGCAGAGGAAAGCAUACGACGUGGGAAUGGACCGAUGAUGGACUGGUAUUGACACAUCGAUUGCCUGGAAUCCGCACUCAGCCAGGAACCAAUCUCCCAACGCUUUUCACUGGCCUAGCGGCUUACUGGAAACGUGCGCAAUUGGAUGUGGAUGCACGUAAGAACGUUACGAAGCAACUGUUCGGGGAUGGAACGCCUAUUCCUGAGAGAUAUCUUGCGCAUUUGGCGAAAAUUACCGAUGAGAUUCGAGUCCUGCAUCGCUGGGAGAGGGGCGAUGUCUUGGUUUUCGAUAAUAUUAUUGCGCAACAUGGCAGACAGCCGUGGCAGGGUGAACAGUCGGACAGGAUAAUCCAGGCAAGCUUGUUCGAUGGCGAAGCAGUACCAGGAGCAUAUGGGUUUGGAGAUUGGGCGCAAGUUAUACAAGCCCUUGAUUGA